UAUCACUGACUGGCCUAGAGCAGCAGCUCCGGCAGUGGCCUAGGGUUUAACUCAACCCCGUCGUAGAGAAGCUCACUCUUCCAGUUCGAGAGCGCAAGUAAAAGAUGUCUGAAGUGAAUGCGGACGCUGAAACCCCUAAAAGCUCAACCAUCUACAUCAACAACCUUAACGAAAAGAUUAAGAUUGAGGAGUUGAAGAAGUCUUUAAACGCUGUUUUCAGUCAGUUCGGGAAGAUACUGGAGGUGUUAGCUUUCAAGACCCUGAAGCACAAGGGUCAAGCUUGGGUGGUAUUUGAGGAUGUCUAUUCUGCUUCCAAUGCCCUCAGGCAAAUGCAAGGUUUCCCCUUCUAUGAUAAGCCCAUGAGAAUACAGUAUGCAAAGACUAAAUCUGAUAUAAUAGCAAAAGCUGAUGGUACUUUUGUUCCUAGGGAAAAACGUAAGAGGCAUGAUGACAAAGGCAAAAAACGGAAGGACCAACAUGAUGCUAAUUUAGCUGGAAUGGGCCUAAAUCCAGCUUAUCCUGGUGCUUAUGGGGCAACACCUGCUCUAUCCCAGAUACCUUAUCCAGGUGGUGCGAAAUCUAUGGUACCUGAGGCUCCUGCUCCACCAAAUAAUAUUCUCUUUAUUCAGAAUCUUCCCAAUGAGACAACUCCCAUGAUGCUGCAAAUGCUCUUCCUUCAAUAUCCUGGUUUCAAGGAAGUUAGAAUGGUUGAAACAAAACCAGGAAUUGCCUUUGUGGAGUAUGGAGAUGAGAUGCAAUCCACAGUGGCUAUGCAGGCGCUACAGGGUUUCAAGAUAACCCCGCAAAACCCUAUGUUGAUAACUUAUGCCAAGAAAUAGAUACCAGUCUCUUCAAAUUAUGGUAUGAGAACGGCAGGAAUCAUAUAUCCUUAGCGUAGAGUUGUUAAUCCACAUAAUGCAAUGGUGUAUCUUCUUAAUUGGCGUUUGCCCCAAGCAGCCUCGGUUCGUGUAUGAUUGUAGCUAGUGUAAUCACUUUUACAUUUUUAUGAAAAUCUGUAUUCAAAUUUUUUUUAACUGGGUCGAGUUUAUCUUGUACCAAUUUUUUUUUUACUUUUUCUAGAAUUGCCAUUUGUCAUGCAUUUGUCUUAUUUGAUGAAGAUAUCCCAUAAUCAUCUACUAGUUGAAAAGUAAGUGAAUGCCUUUCU